UCUCUAUAUCUCUGUCUCUCUCUCUGUAUCUCUCUCCCCAGGCUAUAAGACACGUGAAGGUUUCAGUCUGGACACUGCCAGGUUCAUCCUGCUCUACAUGGACGUGAACAACAGCGGGCAUGUGUCCUGGCCGGAGUUUGGGCACUUAUGGAGAAAGCUCACUCAUUACAAGGAUCUGUUCUGCCAGUGUGAUGUGGAGAACUUGGGAUUUCUACAAGUCACACAGCUGUGCAACUGCCUGCGGGCAGCAGAUUACCCGGUGACGAAGCCUGUCCGCCGGCUGUUGUGCCGCAGGUAUGGAGACACCGCGGGGAGGGUGGAUUUGGUCGGUUUCACCUGCUGUUUCCUCCGCAUGGACUUCACUAUGAAAACGUUCAAUAAGUUAGGGAAAGGUGCUCCCGGGAUCUCUCUGUCUGCUGACCAGUGGAUGAUAAUCUCCGCCUACUUCUGAGAGAAGCUGGGAUUCAUCCCCCAGAGACACCGAGGAGGAAAACCUGCUCCAUCUCUGGGAAAGCAGCGGGACCAAUUGGCAAGAUAGUUACAACAACAGCAACUUGCAUUUAUAUAGAGCUCCUUACGAAGGGUAGCGUUCCAGAGCUCUUGACAAUGGCGGGGCAUGAGGCACAGCUGGGGUGGAGGUGGGGGGGUGAGAGGUGACCAAUACUCUUAGAAUGGUGGCACGUACAGCACUGGGGGGGUACAGUACAGCACUGGGGGGAUACAGUACAGCACUGGGGGCUUUACAGUAUCUUCACUAUCCUGUGCAAUUUGCACAUGCACGAUAUUUGUCUGGCUAUGUUUGUUUCUCUGUGCCUGUGUGUGUGUGUGUGUAUGAGAGAGAGAGA